AUGACAAGUCGCUACCCGCUGAAGGCAGGGACAAGCCUGCUCCCUACAAGAAACCAUCUUCUCGCCACAGAGAUCCGUCUCGCCGCGAAGAUCGAUCUUUCGCCGCAACGAUCCCCUCCGCCAAGAAAGGACGAGAGCCCCCCUCCGUCCGCACCACGCCGCUCGAGAAAAUCUUCCUCGAGCGACAAACCCCGCAGCUCGAAGAAAUCCUCCUCGAGCGAGAAGAUCCUCAAACUCAUGGAGAAUCUCGUCAAGCCACUCGCCGACGGUUUCGAGUCAAUGCGAGCACAGCAGAAAAAGACUCAGGAACAGGUGGAAGCCCUAGCACGAGAAGACGAUGAAGAUCCGUCAAGUCCCACUGACGGAACAACCCCCCGUCCCGCGCACUUCAGGCGACUUACCACCCAAGAGCUCGAACGGAUGAAUCGUCGCCUCGACGAGGUCGAUUCGAAAGUUCAUCGCGCCACCAGCUCAGCUCCGGAAUUGACGAAAGCACUCGCCGACACCCGAAGAAGCCCGCUCACCCGCAGGCUCCGCCAGAUCGAACUACACGAAAGAGUUCGACUCAAAAUCGACUCUUACACCGGCGAAGAAGACCCCAAGAAGUGGCUAACCGCGUUCAACCUCGCCAUGAGGAGGGAGAAAUACAAAUCUUACGAUGAAAGGGAGGCCAACUACUGUCAAGUAUUCGUCGAGCACAUGGCGAAAGAUGCCUUGACCUGGUUCUCUAACCUCCCCGCCGAGUCGAUCGAUAACUUCGACGACCUAACCAAUGCUUUUCUGAAGCAUUACUCCAUGCACAUGACCCGAAUCACUCGGAACAUGUUCACCACAACGCAAACCCAAGGCGAACCAUUGCGCAGCUUUAUGGAAAGGUUCAAACAAGCAGCUCGCGAUACUGGCGACAUGCCCGAUAGCGUCCCGCUGGAAGCACUCCGCAACGGCCUCUGGUACGACUCCAAGUUUAAGGAGGAUUUGUCACUAAAACCCCCUGCGACUCUGGAGGACGCGUUCCACCGCUCUCGGAACUACAUCUUCCUCGAGGAAGACCAGCGCUUCUACGCCGAGAAGCAUGGAGAUAGGAGGGCAACCUCGUCGAAACCCAGAGAAGAACCCAUGGAGGCACGAAGAAGACACGAUCCGAAGAGGUCUCUCCUCGCAGCGUUCGCAGCAGCCGACGAUGAGUCCGAGCAAGAACACGCAGCGGCCGUUUCGAUGCCACAAGACAUCAACUCGCUCGGAGAUGACAACGACACCAAAGCUUUCUGCAAGUUCCACGGGAGAACUGGCCACGCCACUGAAAACUGCAAACACCUAUGA